AUUUUAAAGCACAACAGUUCGGGUUUGUUGAUGUUUUCUUGCAGGGACGUUUGUUAUCUGCGUGUGGCGACUCUUUAGAGUAGAUUUUUUUUAAAGGAAAUAAUGACUUCUUCUGUUUUGCUGACGGAAUCUAAACCUUUGUAUUUCUUUGACCAGCCAACAAAACGAGACCGAGAUAAAGGGGCACGAUUGUGUUUUAAUUUGGCACAUGAAGGAGCGCAGGUAGAAGAUGCAAAACAAAGAGAGAAAGGCAACAAAGCAGGCGAUGAUAAGCUGUCAGGUGAAACACGUGGUGCACCUGAUGGCUCAUCCGCUGUCAACAGAAAAACGCACGAUCUGAUGGAGGCAUACAAGCGAGCAGCUCCUCAGCUGUUAAAGCAAGUGGCUCUUCUGCUCUCACAACAUGACUGGACUGAAGAGGGACUGAUUCCUCAGGGGAUUGAAAAUAUUCUGACUUGCCCCUGGGAGGAUCCGCCAAAAACUAACGAACGGGUGUCCUCAGAUGACAACAAGAGGGAGGCAGCAGAGAGAAACUCGCGUGUUGUGGGAAAUGUUUCUGCAAGAAAACCACAAGUCAGCUCAAAUCCUCAAAUGAAAAAGACCAAACUCAACUCUACCAAAGCAGCUCAAACCUUCACCACCAUCAGUUUCUCCCUGUCAUCCGACCGCUGCAGUAAUGCAGGUUGGAUCAUCCAGCAGAAGCAGCCCUCCCAUGAUGAGCCUGAGCAGCAGAUCCGUUUGUGUCAGUGGGUGUUGGAGAAACUCCGGGCGGCAACAAGUGCUGAAAAACUGCAAACAGCUAAACAGGACCUCAUAUUCCGUUACUAUGGUGAUCCAGAGCCAAAACUGAAGGACAGGAGAGCGAGGAAAAAGGUCCAACCUGCCACUCUAGUCAAUGGGAUGCCCCAGAUACCAGAAGUGAAGCAGCAGGAUCCAGAACGGCAGAAACUACACUACAAGAUCAACAACGGCUCCUCGUUCAUAUACUACCCGUCUGGUUGUAUCGCAGUAUGCCAGAGCCACUCAGGUCUGUCCUGUAGAGGCUUCUAUACUAACGUAUUCAGUGACAGCGAGCGUCCCGUUAUUCUGGCGACUAUCACGGCGUUUGGGCACGGCGCUGUGACACAUCCUCAUAGCUCUGCCAUUACAGCAGUGUGGGACCAGCAUGGUGGAUUCAUAUGUGACCAUCAUGGGGACAUAACGAAGGAGUGGAGCUGGCAGACAGACCACACACAGAUGGACAAGAUUGUUAUACAGUUGUCAGAUGUAAUCUCUGUGAGGCUGCUCAGCGGUACUUCUGCCAUGCUCAGCUUCAGGUGUAACAACGAAAGCAUUCAACUUCCUCUUUCUGCCUUGUCGAACAUUAACCAACCACAGGAAAUGACUGAACGGACGUCUAUCUCUGAUUCUGCUCAAGACUUCCUGCCGGUGUCUGUGUGCUCCCAGGAGAUCCUCCAGAUGGUCGGAGAGGUGGAGGAGCCGUCAGCACCGUGGAGAAGUGGAGAGCAUGUUGGCAGCAGGGAGGUGAAGAAGCUCCAGCAGAGAGCACGAAACACCCUGGAUGACUGGCUGGAUUAUUAUCGCGUGGCGGUCGGUAUCAAGUGUCUCAAUGUGAAGCGGAUGCCAGAUGGCCCACUGAGGACCAGGCUGAGGAGUGAGGUAGAGUCAGAUGCUCUGCCCUCUCUGAACCCACCUGAGCGGGUAGAUGCUAAACUGGACCAGCCUGAGGAGAUGGUAUGGUCUCAGUUACGGGAUCUGUGCGGACGUAACUCAGACGUUGCGUCAGUGGACGCACCAACAGAAAGAUCUCUGGACUCCUACGUCAAGCUGCCAAGGACACGAAGAAAGCGAACAAAGGAAGAGGAGCCCCGUGUCACUCAGAUAGGACUCCUUCAAAUUCAUGGCAGCAUCAAACUUGAGGACAGCUUCAGCAGCACCCCUCGCCCUGCCAGGUCAGGGAUUAUUCCAAAGAGUGCAGAUCUGCAGCCCUUCGCUGACACCCGCUGUCCAGCUCCACCGUCGCUGUACCCCCCCUGUAUCCCCCUCACAGUGUGCCCCGCUUGGCUGAGAGCCUCCCUGCUGGGGGAGGGGGGGCACCAGGGGGGGCACCGGCGGUGCUGCUGCAGCGCUACGCUGAUGCCAGCGGUGACGGACCUGGAGUACGAUGCCUUCGUUAUGGGCCAGCCUCCGCACAGUCAACAGAUCCUGGUGGUGUGCGUGACUCCUCAGCCACGCCAAGCUGUCAACGCACAUGCAGCAGUGUCCAACCAGGACGUACUGGAGCAGCUUUACAGGAGGAGGAACAAGCACAGAACCAUGCCGUGUACUCAGUGCCAGAUGGAUUCAUUUCGCCUGGUGAGGUAUGAGAUGUCAUCCGGGGAGCCCAGCUGGGGAGACGAGAACAUCCUGCUGCAGCAGCGGCACAACGUUACUCCUGGCAUGGUCCUGAUGUACAUCAGAGGGACGCUGCUGUUUGUCGGCCAGGUAUUCAGUGUUCACAGCUGCCCGGUCAGAGACCUUCAGGAGCAAAUCUCCAAAACCAGGGGAGGCUACAGAUCAGGUCUGAGCCUCCCUGCAGACUACAAGUUCAGAGAUGUAGUUGAAAUCCCUGCAGCCACAGAUGCACACAACUCCCAAGAUGCAACACUGCAAGGAGGAGAUGACACAACGCCGACUGCUCCAUUGGAAAAGGGAAAGGCCAGCGAGAGAAAAAACAAUCCAGCUCCUGAGGUGUCAAACCAACGACAGAGAGAGUUUUGUAUCAAACCAAAGGAGACUCCAGCACUCCCUCAUGUUCCUGUUAUCACACACUGAAUACGCUCCAGUGGCUGGAUUAUAUACAUGUAUUAAAAAGUCUCCCAACUGCAUCAACUGUGGGUUAAUACUUCAGGUAAAUGUGCAAUCAAACUGCAAAUGACUCAAUUGCUUAUAUGCAGGUUGACAACAGUGAUUAGUGUAAUCUGUACCUGAAAUGCAAAAUGUUUUUAGACAACUCUGAGAGGCAUCAGAGCUAAAGAUCUAUCAUCAAAGAUAAUCAGGGACGGCUGAUGUUUCAGUGGGCUUUUCAUCUUAUAUAUAAUAUAAUGGGAAACAUCUGUAUUCAUUGUAAUAUUUUAUGAGCAGAUUUACAGUUUUUCUCGAUCGCUUUAGCUAAUUUUUUUAAACAGUCUUAACUUUCUAUAAACUGUAAGUGCAAUUGUCACAACUUUUUCACUGGACAUCACAAAUCUAUUGCAGGUGUGCAAAAGGUAGUAAGUCGCUCAAAACAUUCAAAUCAUGCUUCAAAACCUAGUUAUUGUGUCAGUAAGUUGGCCAACGCCACCAAAACGAAAAGUUAUUUUGUCAUCGUGAGCCGUACUGGUCAAAAUGAUUAUUUUUUCACCAUGACAGUCAACCUUGGAAAUGUUUCUUAUAUACAAAUUUCUGUUUUGUGGUACUUUUUUGUUGACACUGAGUGUUGACUGACAGUACUAUACAAGUCAGUUUUGUCCAGCUGAAGGCUCUUGUGUAUCACACUGAGAUGUUUAGAUUCCCAUUUCAACAGCAGGUCAAAGUUUACAGGGAAAAGUCAAUACUGUACAAUAGUACACAGAAAAAGAAUAUGCACAUUUCUAUGUGUACAGUAAUUAUAUUUGUGUAGCAGUGUGUUACAUGUACUGUGAACAAAAAAAUCAGUUUUGAUCUUUCAUGUAAAUUCAUAUAUACAGUGAACAGAAAUUUUGCUCCAAAAUGACA